AUGUUUCCGUAUGUUGUAUCGGAAAGGGCUGCCAAUAAUGGACCAACGAGGUAUCCGGAAAACGAGGGAGCGCCACUCUCGAAAUCAAGGGAAAGCAUGCCUCCCGCAUGGUUGAGGACGGUCGCCCCAGAAACGGAGUCCAAAAAUAGUCGGUACUCUUAUUCGCCAAGGAGCAACCAGUCGCCGAGCAGGUCUCCAUCGAAGUUAAGGAAACCCACGAACUAUAGGAAAGAUGAGAAAUCGAAGCCUUUGAAGGAGAUAGCCUUGAUCGCUAAGAAUCGCGACGAAAGAAGGGCGCGUCAGGCCGACGAGAAGGCUGUAAAGGAUGCUAUACUUUCAGCGGAGCAAGGGAAUCCUUACUGGGAAUUCCUAAAUAUGAUCAACGAGUACAGGCACAACAUCGAGUUCCAGCCUCUGAGGGAAUCCGAUAUCGUCGUUGAUAACCAAAUCACAGUGUGCGUGAGAAAGCGGCCGCUGAACGAUAAAGAGUACGGCAAGAAAGAAGUGGAUGUGAUUACGGUGCCGACAAAGGACAUCCUGAUCGUACACGAACCCAAGCACAAAGUGGACUUGACGAAAUACUUAGAUAACCAGCACUUCCGAUUUGACUACGUUUUCGAUGAGACUUGCAACAACGAAUUGGUGUACAACUUCACGGCGAAACCAUUGGUCAAAACCAUCUUUGAAGGUGGCAUGGCCACCUGCUUUGCUUAUGGUCAAACUGGUUCCGGAAAAACCCACACCAUGGGAGGAGAAUUCAAAGGAAAACAUCAGAAUUUCAAUAAUGGUAUCUACGCUUACGUUGCUCACGACGUCUUUCGCUAUUUGCAACACUCCAAGUAUAAGGACCAAAAUUUCUGCGUUUCCGCCAGCUUCUUUGAGAUCUACGGUAAAUUAGUAUUCGACCUAUUGGCUAAAAAAGAACGUCUCAAAGUACUAGAAGAUGGUAAACAAGUGGUCCAAGUGGUUGGAUUAACCGAAAAGGUGGUUGAAAGAGUUGAAGAUGUCCUGGAGCUAAUUCAACGCGGAUCACACGAAAGGACCUCUGGACAAACCUCGGCUAACUCUAAUUCUUCGCGAAGCCAUGCUGUUUUCCAAAUUAUCAUCAGGAAAUUCGGUAGGAACGUUAAAAAUGUUGUUGGUAAAUUCUCGUUGAUUGAUCUGGCUGGGAACGAACGUGGAGCUGAUACUUUCAAAUCGAACAGACAGACCAGGAUUGAAGGCGGCGAUAUAAACAAAUCCUUAUUGGCUUUGAAGGAAUGCAUUAGGGCUUUAGGUAAAAAGGGCACGCAUUGUCCUUUCAGAGGAAGCAAAUUAACUCAGGUGUUGAGGGACUCCUUUAUCGGAGAAAAAUCAAGGACUUGCAUGAUCGCUUUGAUCUCUCCAGGCGUUGCUUCUUGUGAACACUCUUUAAACACUCUACGUUACGCUGACAGAGUCAAAGAGUUGGUUGCCAACGACGUCGAUGAAUUAAUCGAUGGAAGCAACGCCUUCAAUGAAGACGUCGACGUAAGCUCAGCCGAAUGGGAUGUGCUGGAAAACAAGGACGCCUCUUUAGAAAUGAUAGAAGGAUUCCAUAGUCAAGCCAUCAAGUGGAGAGAGGUCACCAAAACUGGUGUCUACGAUAAGCUAGAGUUCUCAAGGCACUGGCGCAACAUGUGCACAGAGUUAGCUGACUUCAUGAAGGGUUCCGUCGCCAAGGCCAAUAAAUUUAAUUUGUUGCUCGAGAAGAAGUGA